AUGACGCCCAUGUCCAUUGCAUCGCCGCUGAGAGAGGUUUCUGAACUCAAAAUCAGUGAGUUCGACCAGCUAAAGCAGGAUUUCAAGGCUCGAUACGGCAUUGGCACUCCACAGUCUACCAACGUCACAGUGCGCGAACGAAUCGCAACGCUUAUCGAUAAUAUCAUCAAAUUCGACUCGUAUCUCAAUGAAGAUGAAGAACUCACGAUCAUGGCGGAUCAUGUUGAGCAGACUGGGGAUGACGACUACAUGUCAGAUGAUCAGCUCCUGAAGUUCGAGCAGAAGAUUCUCAAGAAGCUGCACAAGCGGAUGAACCGCUACGAUGCAACCUCCCUUCAUUUGCACAUGAUGAGGGAAGCCAUGACAGGUACUGACAAGAUGGCUACUUCUGGUUUGGAUGCUUUCUCCUUCGAUGACGACUUUGAGGUCGUUGACAAUAGGCUCGAGAAUGUCUGGGACAAGUUCGAGGCUGAGGCGUUCACCGCCAAAGACGUCGACACUGAAGCACUGGAGAUAUACCUGAAAAGUCUGAUGGACGACAAGAGCACGAAACACCCCUUGUCCAGAUUACGUGACAGGAUGGAUGAGUAUGGUCAAGAAUUGCUUGAGGGCGAAGCUGACAUCGACGAAUCUGAUCUUGAGUACUGCAUUAUGGACCUGCUCAAGAACGACCUCAUCGACAAGAAGAAGAAGAAGGUCCUCGAGAGCUACUUGCAGAGCGGGGUCGCUCUGAAGGAGCUGAUUGGUGUGCUGAACAUGAAGUCUCUCAAAACCUGGGACUGGAAGCAAGCGGCCAAAGGACUGCCUGUCACAGCCCGACUUGACUCUGAGGGUCAGUACCAUGUCACUAUCGAGGAAGAUCUCGUCGACAUGCUGUUCCUGCACUGCACAGCUAUCGGCUGGGCCCAGAAGCUUAAGGACUGCUUCAACGACUUCUUUCGCUUCGUAGACGCAACCUACAAGCGAGAGCUCACUAUCGACGACAGCAAGGAGCGCGAAUUCUUCCUUGGCCAGAUGCCGUUCGAACCCCUGUCUGAAGACUCAUCCGACUCGCCAGAAUUCCUCGUCCAAGUACCACCACCUCCGCCGAUGCCCCUCAGCUGGGGCGUGCCACAGGGCGUCUACUGCGACCGUGCGAUAUCGAUCAUGCCUCCGCCUCCGCCCCCGCCGCCACCGAUGAUGAUGAUGCCGCCGCCACCACCUCCGCCAAUACCAGCGAUUUUCUUGAUGCCCCCGGUCAAUCUCGACACCAUGAAUGAUGAGCGCUACAGAAUCUACAAGCGCGACUUCUUCAUGUCGCGUCUGCCCACGCCGAACGGCUGCAAGCCCAAGCUGACGCCGGUCGAGGAGGUGCAGGCAAACUUGAUCAAGACACUGGCGGCUGAGGUCACGGUCCGCACUGCCCUGGAUGGUCAAGCCAGCUGCUCGGUUGUUGAUUUCCACUCACUCGCGACAGCACUGCCGCACAAAACUAUCCUGGUGAUCCUCAAGUUCUUGCACAUCCCAGAGAUAAUCGUGGAUUUCUUCGCGCGCUUCCUUGGUGCGAGUCUGAAUAUCGGUCCUUCGGUGCGUGGUACGAGAGACCGUGUUAUUACGCGUGCUUGUGGUGUACCGGAGCGGCAUGGCAUGGAGCUUCUGCUCACGGAGGCGGUGAUGUUCUUUGCCGAGCUGGCUGUCAGCAAGAAGACAGGCCUGCCUCUGUACCGUCUUGGGUCUAGGUGUUACUUCGUGGGUACGGAGGAGCAGAACGAGCAGGCUAUGCAAGAGUUGUCGAUCUUCUCAGGCCACACUAAGUUGGAGUUCGAUGAUGUGUCUGCCCAGCCUGGUCGGCUUGACAUGGGCUUCUUGGAAAUUUCGGGCGACGGCAUUGUCAUCAAACAGUCCAUGGUGGAAGAGUACGCAUUGCGUGCGAAGAAAGAGCUUUCAGCCCAGAACACAGUCUACGAUUGGGUACGCGUAUGGAACAGCACAGUCGGAACCUACGCCGCCCAUCUCUUCGGACCCCUUGUCGACCUCUUUGGCAAACCGCAUCUUGAAGCCGUCAAGGCCGCCUACAAACACAUCCUCGACACCAUCUUCCCCGGUAGCAACCUCACCGCCCACGUGAAAUCCAUGCUCCGUACCCGCUUCGACUCCACCCGCACCAUGACCCCGCUCGCCCUUGAAGCCCUGAUCCACCUCCCGAUCUCCUUCGGCGGCCUGGGCGUCCUCAAUCCCUUGAUAUCCCUCAGCCUUGCGCGCUCCCUCACAGCAUCUCCCGCCGCCAUAACAGCCGGCUACAUCGAUGUCGAAACCAAGUACCACGCCGAGGCCCUUGCAAACUGGAACGAACUCACCGCUACCCACAUUGCGCAGAAACUCACGGAUACAUUCUCCGGCCCCGACUCAGCGCCCGAGUCCAUUCGCGAAGCCGCCCAGUCGAAAGAGUUCCUGGAUCAGAAGGCACUGACCAGGCACCGCGAGUACGCGCUCUAUCUACCUCUUCCUUCCACUAUGCUCCCACCAUCACAUACGCACCCGCCCCCGCCGCUGCGCGAUCUGAGCAUCCCGUAUCUCACGGGCCUGUAUCAGACCCUCCUCAAUUGCCCCGUGGAAAACAUAUCGGCGCCGGAGUCCCUCAGAGACGAGGUGCGCGAGUGCGGCCGCAUGAGGCGGUGGGAGCUACUCGAGGCGCGGGAGCGCUGGGUGUUGGCGGUGUAUGGGGAGGAGUGCUUGGAGGCGUUUGGGUCGCUGGAUGUUUGGAUUGAGAGGUAUGUGCCGAGGGUCUGUGUGGUACUGCUUAGGGGUGAGGGUGACGUGUCGGAUGGAGAGAGCAGCUCUUAUUAUAGUAUUCCCUGAGAGGUGGCAUUUCCUUUGAGUAAUAAGGGUGUAUUUCCCGGUUUCUAGUGUCUUUUCUUCUGGCCAGUGGGAGAUUGGGACCAGGGCAGACAGAUAGGUUGAGACGUAACGAUUCCCCAGUCAAUGAUUAUUAUUAUUUCUUUAUACCUAGAACAUUAUAUGCGUGCAAAGGAGAUCUGAGCCGUUGAGGGAAGG